AUGCAGAUUUUCGAACUCAACACUGUCACGUACGGACUUUCGCCAUCAUCAUUCUUAGCUACGCGCACCUUGCUUCAGCUCGCAGAUGAUGAAGGUGCACACUAUUCGAAUGCACAAGCUGCCCUGAAACGAAACUUUUAUGUAGAUGAUUUCAUUGGUGGUGCCAACACGGUAGAAGAUACUUUCCGUCUUCGUCAGGAGCUAUCGGAUCUACUUGCGAAAGGUGGAUUCGAGUUACGCAAGUGGACAUCGAAUCAUCUAGGCGUUCUCAGCGGUUUAAGUGCUGAUCAAAUCGGCACCCAGUCAUCGUUGCAGUUCAUUCCCAAUGAAACGGUGAAAACACUCGGCAUCUCCUGGAAACCAGAAUCUGAUGAGCUGUGCUUUGAUUCGAACGUUUGUGUUGAAUCAGCAUCCUCAACGAAGCGAUCCAUACUGUCAUGCAUCGCGAAGAUGUAUGACCCGCUUGGACUGAUUGCACCUGUAUUGGUCCGUGCAAAGCUACUGAUGCAAGAAUUAUGGCUGCUGAAAUCCGGCUGGGAUGAUCCCGUUCCCGAGCAGAUCUACAACAAAUGGACAACGAUUAGUGAUGAAUGGCAAUCUUUAUCUACGUAUAAAACUAAUCGUCAUGUUCUUUUACCUAAUUCACAAGUAGAACUCCACACAUUCACCGACGCCUCCGAAGCAGCUUACGGAGCCUGUAUCUACGCGCGUUGUAAGAACGCGGAAGGAGAAAUACGGAUCAGCUUACUGGCGUCGAAGUCCCGAGUAGCACCUCUUAAACGCGUCACACUGCCGAGACUCGAACUCAACGCAGCUGUUUUGGGCGCCCAUCUCCAGCACCGGGUCCAGAAGGCGAUGCAGAUCGAUAGCGUCGAGUCCUUCUUCUGGUCUGAUUCAACUGUAACGCUGAAAUGGAUAGCAUCUCCACCCAAUACAUGGAAGACAUUCGUGGCGAACCGUGUCGCUGAAGUGCAGCGCUAUUCUCAUCCGCGACAAUGGCGACACGUUCCUGGUUCCAGCAACCCUGCCGAUUUGGUCUCUCGCGGCAUGUCGGCAGCGAAUUUCCUUAAGAGUCGACAGUGGCACUCCGGCCCGGAUUGGCUAGCUCUUCCUUCAUCGUCAUGGCCCAGCUCGAAUCCUGAUUCCAUCGACGGAGUGGAUCUAGAAAUCCGUCAGAAGGUGCGCACACAACCAUCUUCAAACCACACCGUAGCACCACUUAGCAUCACGAAAGAAUACUUAGAAGACGCCAAAACUGUGCUUUGCAGACUAGCACAACAAGAUGCCUUCUCUCCCGAAAUCAAGCACAUGAAAAAGGGAGAAGCUUUACUGAAGCAGUCAUCUUUACGUAAACUAAGCCCCUUUAUCGACGAGAAGGGUAUAAUACGAGUGGGAGGACGAUUAAAACUGUCGCAGUUGCCGUACCAAUCGAAACAUCCCGUGGUGCUUCCUAAACAGCAUAAGUUUACACGUCUCGUAGCUGAACAUUACCACGAACAGCUUAUGCAUGCCGGCGGAAGACUUCUACUAUCCCAGAUGAGAGAGCAGUAUUGGCCACUAGACGGACGUCGAUUAGUGAAAGGCAUCGUGCGGAAUUGCUUUCGAUGUAUUCGCCAGGAUCCCGCACUGGCACGGCAACCUAUUGGUCAACUUCCCACAUCACGCAUUACACCCAGCCGGCCUUUCUCCACCACGGGAGUAGACUACGCCGGACCGUUCUAUUUAAAGCCUGCGCAUCGCAGAGCCGCAGCGACUAAGAGCUACCUGUGCGUAUUCGUUUGUUUCACCACGAAGGCUGUUCAUCUUGAACUCGUGGGAGACCUCACAACAGCAGGAUUCUUAGCCGCACUACGACGUUUCGCUUCACGACGCGGUCUACCAUCGCACAUCCAUUCCGAUAAUGGUAAAAACUUUGAAGGAGCCGAACGCGAGCUCAAGGAGCUUUUUGAGAUGUUCAACGACGAGCAGCAGCGGAACGUCAUUGCUACUUAUUGUGCGAACUAG